AUGGUGAGGAUAACGCUGGAUCUGAUUCGAAAACGGGCCGAGCACAACGAGGGUGAGAUUGGGAGUCUUGAAGAAAUUUCCCUCCAUCAGGAGAACAUCGAGAAAAUAGAAGUGUUGAAUCAAAACUGCAGGAACCUGAAAAUUCUUCUGAUGCAGAACAAUCUCAUAUCGAAAAUCGAGAAUUUGAAUAUGCUCAAACGUCUCGAGUAUCUGAAUUUGGCGAUAAACAACAUCGAAGUCAUCGAGAAUUUGGAGGGUUUGGAAAGUUUACAAAAACUUGAUCUCACCGUGAAUUUCAUUGGUGACUUGAGAAGUGUCGAUCGUUUGAGGCACAACAAAAAUCUGGAAAUUCUAUACCUAACCGGAAAUCCCUGCACCGACUACACCGGCUAUCGAGAAUUCGUUGUUGCAACCCUCGAACAGUUGAGCGAACUCGAUGCUACCAAGAUCGAGAGAUCCGAGAGGAUUUUAGCGGUGCAAAAUUAUGCCUCGGCGAGAGACGACGUCGUCAGAGCAUACGGAGAAUAUUCGAAGAAGAGACAAGCGCAAAUAGAUGCAUAUCGAGAGAAGAAGAAAAAUGCUCCGAAAAAGAACAGAGACAACAGCAACGAUCGAUCGGAAUUUUGGAAAGAAAAAAGUCUUCACACGCCGGAGGAGAGAAUCGCCAUAGCCGAAAUGAGUCGUCGACGAGUCGAGAAGUCCGAGGACAAAAAGACGUCAGGGCGAGAAAAGCGUGUCCGAAAAUUGGUGAAUUCUGAAGGGAGACCGUACAACAUGAACGAAGCUAAAGUGCCAUUUACUCUGGACGACGAAAGCGAUCCGGAGUAUCUCAUCCUGGAAGUAAGGGUCUACAGACAUUUGGAUUCUUCGCAUUUGGAAGUCGACGUUCAACCUGACUACGUCAGGGUCUUAAUAAAAGGUAAAAUGCUGCAAUUGUGUUUGCCAUGCGAAGUUUCGAUAGAGAGAAGCGAAGCGAAACGGAAUUCAACGACAGGAAAUCUCGUAAUAAAAAUGCCGCGUCUGGAACGUUUGCCAAUCGUUUGUCAACGAGUUCCCCGGAAGAAUUGCAACAAGAGCCAAAACUCCGAGGAGAUGACGUCGGCUAACAGGAGACGAUGCUUGUUGGAAAUCGGGCCCCCGAAGGGGACCGAAGAUCUCGAUUUUUCUCGCAUAUACAAAGAGCGAGCCGAAGCUCUCAGAGUUGAAAGAAAAGAGAAAACUUUGUCUGCCGACUUCGUCGACGAUCCUGAUGUGCCGCCUCUCGAGUAAGAAGAACGAAGAAUUUUCGAAGCAGGCUAAACUCUCUCAAUUAUUCUGAAGAUCCAAUGUGAACGGAAGUUUUGAGCUUCCGAGAAUUCCAAAAUUCCGUGGAUCCCGAGAUUAAGCGAUCCGGCUUAAAAAAGGAGAAAAAUGCAGCGAGUUUCGAAACAGCGUGAACCGACGAGUUCCUUGCAGAUUCCAGAGUGGCAGACGUCAAGAAAAAUGGCUCACCUUGAACGGAUCCCGGAAGUCGAUGUCCUUGGUCUCUUUGAGGCCAAGUGGAAUCAUGGGCAUCGCAGGAUCCUCUCUGAAAGAUUGAGAAAAAGUGAGAAAAGAUGAGAAAAAAGCCGGAAAAUAAUAAAUAAAUAAAAGCGUGAAAAAUAGGACACGGUAAAGAAGAGUAAGUAUUUGUCGGGGAAUAUCUAAUUAUAACGGAAUGGAGAACGAGUCCGCGGAGUUAUAGCCGUAGCCCGUUGGAGAGAAGACGACUCUUCAGCCGCAGGCAUAAAUGGGGCCAAUAAAAGCGCGAAAGAAUCUCUGCCCACAGAAACAGCAGGCGCAGCUUUUUUGUGUCUCGAGUACAGCGUUCGAAUUUGUACUUUUUUUUAUUUAUUUUUUUCUUUUGCUUCUUCUUUUCAAGAAGACCCGACGGCCGCAUUAUACGACCGAUAAAUCAUUCCGACUUGCCGUUAUACACUGUCGCCUCGAUAAAAUAGAUUCGACUGUGCUCGAGUCGGAAUCUCUCGUGUUAAGGCGUACGCGCACUCCGUACUUCCGGGAUUACUUCAAGGAGGAUUGCCGGGAAACCAAGCGUGACGCGGAGGAAGAACCCGAACGAGGAUCGAGGAAAAACUGAAGGAAGAACCUUCGAGCACACACUCACCCAUCGA